AGUUUGCUCAGGAUGAACACGACUGAAAUUAAAUUCGGAAGGGAGACUGCGGAAUCCAGAACCAAAUCUUCUUAUUACACAAAUUUGCUAGUUAAUUACAAUUUGAACCAAUAGUUCAAUCAUCAGUCCUUCCAUUGUAAAAGAAAAAUAUCUUCGGCAUAUCAUCUGAAGCCCUCGAGAAUUUACCGGAGUCCUAUGGCACAUAAUCUAGCCGUCGGAAGACAUUGAAGAUUCGAAGAGCCACAGCAUCCCGAAUGACUUCAUCACCAAUUUUGCUUAAGAGAUCAGACACAACAUCUGUAUUCUAUCUUAGCUAAUAAGAGUAUGUAAUGUGUGCUUUCCCUUAAUGACUAUUGCAACACGGUAGUAGGGCAGUUCAUUAAAGCUCGAUCACACCGUACUAAAUGCGUCCCGUCACACCAGUCUUACAAGAAAAUCCGAAGUUGCACGUGAAUAUUCACAUGUAGCAAAGUUUCAUUUAGUGCAUGAUCCUUUAACCGAAAACCGCCACAAUAUUUCGGAAACCCUCUCAAGGCGCGCACUCUGCAGUUUCUGCUUCUGAGCACCUUUAUCUUAUGACUGACAGGCUCUCUCCUCUCCCACAAAAGCUUGCAACUUUCUCUUCCCCUGCACUGAGACUUCAUCAGCUUUCAGACACUUUCGGCAGCCCAAGAGACAGACAGACAGGGAACUAAGAAUCAGAUCCUCCACAACAGUUUCCAUUUCUCUGUCUUGUCUUUCCUUCCUGUCCACCAUGAAUUGCCAUCUUCAUCAGCACCAAACCUCUGACAGAGGACUGCCAGCAGACCAAAUCCUUGAAGAGGAAAACAGGCAGAAGAAGAAGCUUCUGCUGACAUCAGAAGGCAUCAGAGACAGGACUUCCUCUUCUACUUCUUCUUCAUCUUUCUCUCCACCACAAGACUUCUCUUUCCCUGACAAUGGAAGGACUAACGGCAACUCGUUGCUGUUGUCGGCAAAGGCGGUGGAGAUGACUCCUGCAGAUGAGAUCUUCUUCCAUGGUCACUUGCUCCCCCUCCGCCUCCUCUCCCACUUCUCUCCUAUAUCCUAUUCCUCUCCUCGGUCGUCCACUGAUUACUUGGACAGUUUCACCCUCCCGAUCGGGGAAGAGUAUUUACCGGAUGAUGAUCUGUUCACGAGCAUGAAUGGAAGCAGCUGCAGCAGUAGCACUGACAGCAACUUCAAGGGCAAAAGUACUGGAAACAGAAUUCACAGUGAGACCAGUCCUCAUGUUUAUCCGAGUGAUAUGCGUGAGAGAGACGAUUCAUCCAAACCGUUCUCGCUGUUUGGAUUAUCGAGAUGGCGGAGAGCCUGCAAGGCCCGGGGAGACGAAGGCAAGCAGAAGAAGAAAUUCCGUUUCCAUCUGAACAGAACCGUCAGGAGGUACGUGAAGAUGGCUAGGCCACUGCUAUUCUUUAGACGGAAGAGGAGGGAAGAGGACAUUGAUUUUCAGGCUGAAAAGUUUGGACUAAGUGCAACCGAGACGUUUUCGGCCCCGGCAUCGAUUAGAACAUCCCCCAGAAGCAGCGGCCUUCUUGUCAAAACGCCGGCACUCUCUGCAGCCGUCACAGACAGCACUGUGGAGGAGCUGCAGGCUGCUAUUCAAGCCGCGAUUGCCUACUGCAAGAAGUCGAUUGCAGUUGAGGAGGAAGAAAAAGAAGAAGAAAAACAUCGAACAUGAUUACUGAACAGAAGGUUUGGAGUCAAAGGUUGUCUAUAUUUUUGCUUGGAUUAAUUCCACCGAGCUUCUUUUAAAAACACAUAGCAAGUGACAAUGGAGAUCAGUACAUAUCAGCACGAUUUUUAAAUUAAUCUAUACAAGUUCUGAAAAAAACUCUGCGUCAGUGCAUAUCUACACAAACCCGGAUAAGGUUUCCUGUCGAAAGCCAUGUUACAUCUGAGUCGAACCUGCAUGAGCAUGGUCGGCUUCUUGCUUCAUGAACUUGAAUAUUGCCUAGAAGAUCAAAAUGUUGAAUUGGUCGAUCACUCCGAUAUCUGAUUUUUCUGGUCGGUGAGAUCACAAUGUGUCAUCAACUAUCAGUUAAUUCUGGUUAUCUGAGUUGUUCAUUUCCAAGUCAAGACUUACUGUGAGAGCAUCUGGGUUUAAUUGGGCUGGGCUCAAGAAACUGUCAAUUGGCAGUCGGGCUAGGCCCAUGUCAUUCGGAUCAAAGGAUCGGCAUUGCAUCGUCGGCCUAAACAGGAGUCAAGUCAACGACAAAGUCCUCCGACUCAAACGCGGGCUUAUUUACAGCACUGCCACUGUGGAUGUCUGGCUCGCCGUCGGCCCACGAACUUCGGCUGCUAUUAGCAGAAGGCCAGCGGUGACGCGUUGAGAAAACAGUUGGAAUUUUACCCCCCAAAAAAAAAAUAAAUAAAUUGAAAAAAAGGAAACGGUUGGAGUCUGCCGGACAACACAGACUCGGUCCCUCCCGCCCAUUCAUCAACGACAAGAUUUAUAUGCGCGCAGAGAUCAAACGUCAAACUCCCCGAAGAAUAUUCGGUUCCACGGACGUGUCCUGAAUCGAAAUGCAUUGAAUUGAAUUGCCCCUCCAAAAUAAAUCUCUCCCCCUUCCCUGUUCUUGGUUUCCUUGCCCGGCAGAUCGCUUGUCGACAACCUGAUCGGUUGUUGUAAUUCUUACAGCCGGGCACGUCCAAAACAGAGAUAUCUUGCGUGCAAUCCAUCAGGUGUUUGUCAUUUUUCCCAAGUAGGAUUCUGUAAAUUAUGCUUUGGCACAUUCGGAUCACUUCCAAAGAAUAUGCUUUUGAACUCCUCCCCGUCUCCAUGCUCAUCAACUUUCAGCUGGGAUCUGUCUCCAUCUGUCGUCGAGUUUUCGUCCAAUAAUCGUCAUGAUCUAUCUUCUUCCCCCAUACCCUUUGUCUGUUCCUCGUUGAAAAUCCACCUUUCAGCUGAAAGUUAUAAUAUUUCCGCCUCCUGUCCGUUCCUGUCCCGGAUUGUUGCGUGUGGGGUCGAAUAUAGAAUGUUCAUCCUCUUGUUUUAACCGAUGAAGCUGUAGAGGUUCUUGCAUCAAAGGGAUCCGGAGCUUGUAAAGAUGAAUGCUUUAGGAAGUUUAGGGAGCUACAUUUCUAAGGGUGUCUACUCUCUGUCUGGUCCUAUCCACCCAUUUGGAGGGGCAGUUGACAUCAUUGUCGUAGAACAGCCUGACGGGAGCUUCAAAUCCUCUCCUUGGUAUGUCAGGUUUGGGAAGUUUCAGGGGGUUCUCAAGGCGAAGGAGAAGAUUGUCAAAAUCUGUGUCAAUGGAGCGGAGGCCAGCUUCCAAAUGCACCUGAACAGCAAAGGACAAGCUUACUUCCUAAAGGAAGGGGGAAAUGAAGAAGAUGAAGAGGCUGAUAAGGGAGAUCAGUUGCAAGACGACUGUGCUUCUCCUUCCGGAAGGAGACCCGUGAAGUCAAGUAGCUACAACUUUGUUGGUAGCGCUACUGCUCCGGCUUCUCCUGAUGGGACGCCUAUGCCUAGGACUAAUUCGGACCAGUCAGAGACAAUGGGCCUUCAGAGGUUGAAUUCAUUGGAGUGUGCUGAGAUUGCGGCUCAGCUAUUGGAUGUGAAUUGGUCUACUAGUCUCGGGGGAAGCUCCAAGAAAGAUGGACCAUUUGAUGAGGCCAAUCAGGGAGAAGGCGUUUUGGCAUUUCAUAUAGGUGAUGGCGUCUCUCAAGAAAAAUGUGAAGCAAUUUCAAAGAUGGAGGAAGACUGUAACUGCCAUUUUGAAACUCCGAAGUCCAUAAAGCCCACCGUUUCUCGGUGCAAUAGAAUAGAAAGAAAUGGAACAUGUGCUUAUAGUGCGAACUCGAAGAGCAUAGUUGCGGGAUCAGACACAUUAAAGGAACAUUUAAGAGUCAAAUCUAAGGAUCACGACGAAAAAGACAAUGAUAAAAAACGUGGUACUAGCGAAGAUAUCGGGAGAGAGAGGCCUGGGCUUAUGCCAAAGAGCUUUUCAGAUGAACAGCUUACUCUCAAAGAUCUUGACGAAUCGAGGACAAUUUUGAGGCCGAUCAAUAAUGUUACAGUUGAAAAUGGAGAUAUGCGGGACCCAAUUCAUCGUCUCAGCCACUCGCUGGACAUGAAAUUGAACUCCUCGAAGCCCCCAACGAUCUUUAGUAGGUCUUAUGGAGGCAGAGAAGGGCAAUUACUGCGAAUGCAGCAUGAUCGGGAAGGUCUUGAGAGUUUCAGGAGCAGUAAAAGUGUUCCCGCUGAUACUACAGUAGAACGUGACUCCAAACUCAAGCGAACAGUGACAGAUAAGUCGAUGAAAGUCUUCACUCCAACAUCGGAACAGUUGGCAUCCUUGAAAUUGAAUGACGGCGGCAAUGCGAUAAUCUUCACUUUCUGUACCAAGAUGCUCGGGAAACAGCAGGUUGAUGCUCGGAUCUACUUAUGGAAAUGGAGCGACCGAAUUAUCAUAUCCGAUGUUGAUGGGACCAUUACCAAAUCUGACAUUUUGGGACAAUGCAUGCCUUUGGUUGGGAUGGACUGGUCCCAAGAAGGAGUUGCACGUUUAUAUUCUGCCAUCAAGGAAAAUGGAUACCAAUUGAUGUUUCUGAGUGCACGCUCAAUUUCCCAGGCUUACAUCACCAGGCAAUUCCUCCUCAACCUCAAGCAGGACGGGAAGGCUUUACCUGAUGGACCUGUAGUUAUUUCACCUGAUGGACUGUUUCCUUCUUUAUAUCGAGAAGUUAUAAGACGGGUUCCUCAUGAAUUCAAGAUAGCAUGCUUAGAGGAUAUCAAGGCAUUGUUUCCUUCCGACAGUAACCCGUUUUAUGCAGGUUUUGGAAACAGGGACACUGAUGAGAUCAGUUACCUCAAAGUCGGGAUCCCAAAAGGGAAAAUCUUCAUCAUCAAUCCCAAGGGAGAGGUGGUUGUGAACCGUCAUGUCCAGAGGAAGUCUUAUACAUCCAUUCACUCUCUGGUACAUGGCAUGUUUCCGUCCAUGACAUCAUCAGAACAGGAGGACUUUAAUUCAUGGAAUUACUGGAAACUCCCACCUCCCACUAUAGAUGUUUGAAGCAGUGAAGCCUGAACACAAGAUUGCUACGACAAACAAGAUUACAACCUUGAUCUCGGCAUUGUUGCUCGUCAAGGAGCUCUUCUGGCAAAUUACGGUCUCAAUCUGCCAAUGCACGAAAACCCAGGUUUUAAUCACAAAUCGACAACAACUUCUGCAUCUGCUCUGUGUAUUCUGACAAUCUUCCCUGAGGAGACAAACGGGACUGAAUCGAAAAGGGUGACUUCCACUGAGAAGAUUUGGGUCGGAAGCUUUAAGGCUGCUUCAGCCUCGAGUUUAGAUGAUAUAUUUUUGCUGUCGAAGGCCAUGGAAAACGGUGCAAUCUUCUUGCUCUUGCGGGAACAGUGGCCUUUUUUUGGUUCUUUCUCUUAAUUGUAGAAUAUGGAGACAAGAAAUUAAGAUCAUCUUUCACUAUUAUAUGGAUAGUCUCUUGUUUUUGGCUC